CUUUUAUUUUCUCGCGAAUUUUCCACAGGGCACUAAAUUUUUACUUCUUUGAGAAGAAUUCAGUUAAGGUAGUUAUGGUAUAUACAGUCAACGAAACUUUCAAAUGCCUUAAAGUUGAACCUGAUUGCUGUGAAAAUAUCUACUUGAGUAAUCCAUACGUGCUUGGUGUGGAAUCGGUUUCCGUUCAAAACUGCUAUGUGAAUAAAGAUAUCAUGAAUUUCACUGCAUUUUUCAACAGAAACAAUUCUUAUUUUAAAUAUAAUAUUUUCCGUUGCUGUGGAGGUCUUGUAAACUUCAAAUUAGCGGUCUCUGAGCUCCUUGGCAAUGCUGAUACUGAUGCAGUAACCACACAAGGAAUUUCAGGUAACACCGAAAGCCCCUUCGUCGUCAGCAUAGUCUUCGCUGUUCUGUUUGCUGUCAUAAUCAUCAUUGGUGCUGGGUUCUUUCUGCGAAGUAGAUUGAGAAGACGGAGAAUGACAAGACAAGAUUCUCGGUACGUGACUACAGCAAACAGAAAUUCACACGUGUAUGCUGUACCAAUAGCUAGUACAGGGUAUUUGUAUCCGGAAACUUCACCUCCACCAAAGAACACUCUAUCAAAUCAGAAUUAUGUACACGAAUAUACAGAAAUCAUAGAAUAGCUUAUUUAAAUCUUAAAGAAAAGUUGUACUGAAUUUAAAACUGUUUGUUAUGUAUACCGAUUGAUGUAUUUUGACCGAUGAAGAGGGUAAACAAGUCUUAUGUAAGUAUAUUAUAUCAUUAAUUAUAAUCAAUUUGUACACGCAUAAGCGGCUGGCUAAAAGGAAUCAUGCUGAUCAUGCUGAUAUAUUCAUUUGAACUUUAUACGUUUUACUUUCACCGUUGAACUUUACCGUAUCAUGACACUUUUUGGCGAUGCAUGAAAAAAAGACAUAAAAGUUUUCCAGAAUUCUAACAAUCAUUGUUUGAAUUCAAGAGAAAUGCAUUUUAUACAUAAUAGAUUUGUCACAUGACAGUGUCUCUUUUGUCUCAAAGUUUUGGAACAUAUUAUUUUGACUUAGUUCCUUUUUUUUUAUUAAGAUCUUUUGUCUUCACGGAAGAUCUGAUAGUGAUUUUAUCGUUGUCACCCCGCUGUCACUGAAAAAGGGAGAUAUUUAAUUAUUAUCUGCCUUUCCGUUUGUCUUGUCUUCCUGUCUGUCAUGCUUGUUUCCAUGCGAAAUCUCAAAGAUCCUUUGUUUGACAGAGCGUUUGCAAUGUAAUUUUAAACUAUGUUUUUAGAAAGAUAUUUUUUGAAAUUUGUUUUUUUUUUUAGAUUAAAAGGUCAAAAUUCAAGAUCGUAACUUCAUACAUUCUGGCUGUGUGUUACUCUUUCGUUAACUGCAUGGUGAUAUCCCAAGAAGCUUUAAAAAUAAAAAAAAAAGGGGUACAUUAUCAGAGGAAAAAUGACAGCUAAAAUUAUUUGAGUAGCACCCGACCCCCCCCCCCCCCCCAAUCACACACACCAAAAAACUGAGAACAGACUUAAUUCAAAAUUAAAUGUCCUGACAACGAGUAUGAAAAAAUUCAGUCAGCAUUUGAAUUAACGAUAAAUUAUAUGUGCUGACAAGGUCAUUGUAUCCACCAUAGAACUUAAGAAAAUGGUGACUUCAUACGAUAAUGCUGAUAUUCUUGCUUCAUCAACUUGUUUGUCAAUAAAUUACCUCGUUUAAGAAAUUGUUCAUAUGUACAUGUAGAAUAUGUUCUUGCAAAUGGACUGAGAAAUAUGAAAUAUGUAUAUUGUUUCAUGAGUAAGAGAAGUUGACAAUAAAAAGAAUUAAAGGCAUUACGAUUA